UCGAUAGCGAUAAGUUAGGCAUGAGCAGCGAUAAAAGUGAAUGUGAUAAUCAGCUCAGACGCGAUCGAGAAUUGGCCGAGCUUCGGGAGUGGUUUAAACACAAUGAGAAUCUGCCGCAGGAAAUUGAGCCGCUGCUGCUGCGACGCUUUUACCAAUGCAUGUACUGCGAUGCGGAGGAAACCAAGAAGCUUAUUGAAGUGAAUUAUGCGCUGCGCAACAAGCAUCCGCAUCUGUUCAUUAAGCGUGAUCCGCUGGAUGCGGACAGCCGGCGCACCUUUGACUAUGCGGAUAUUCUACCGCUGCCAGGCUUGACUCCAGAGAACUAUAAGGUAUCGCUAUAUUGCUUCAGAGAUUUCGAGGCCAGCAAGAUGCAUCAUACGGAGGACACGCGUGCAUUCUUUAUGGUUGCCGACUGUCGCUUCAUAACGCUUGACGAUAUAGCUCGUCCUGAGAUCCUCUCCGAUGGUGAAGUGCAGAUUUUUGACAUGAAGGGCACUACCAUGCGACAUAUCUCACGUCUAACGAUUAGCACACUGCGUGCCUACAUUAAGUUCCUUCAGUUGGCAUUUCCUGUGCGCCUCAAGGCCAUUCACAUGGUCAACUGUCCCUCGUACCUGGAUCGGAUUGUAAGCAUCGUUAAGCCUUUCAUAAGUGAUGAAGUGUUCAAACUGAUACGUUUUCACACAACAAGCAUUGACACGCUCUAUGGCUUUGUGCCGCGAGCUAUGCUGCCCCAGGAGUACGGCGGCGCAGCUGGCUCCCUGUCUACUCUGCGAGAGCAAACUCAGAAGGUUCUAGCUGCAAAUAGAGACUAUUUGAUGGAUCCGCGGCACUGGCAAGUGGAUAAGCCUGAGAAGCGAAAUGGCAAAUCCUGGAAGCUCUUUAAUUGAACGGCAUAUGAAGCCGAUUUUUUUGUUAAUUUUUUUUUUUUGUGUGCGUUUCAAGUUGAUCGUGGUGAGAAAUACUUAUUUUGGGAUGGUUAGUGCAUUUCUUAUAUAUAGUACGCAUAUAGUACAAUCUAAAUUUUUCAAUAAUAAACUUAAAUCUUUCAAAUGUCA